AUGUCGACCUCGAUCGCGAUGCAACGGCAUACGCUCAGGUCGGUCCUGACGAUGGCGAUCCCUUCGACUCGACUGACGCGGCCUCUCCCAGCCGCUGUCUCCACUGCGGUAAGCACCCAUGUCGUGCAUCGUGGUCAGUCAUCGCCCGAGCUUACCCUCUUACGAUGUCGCUUCCCCAGCGUACCUCGAACGCCCUGUCGUCGCAACGGGGGAUGUCCCGACUCGCUUCGACUUCGUCGUCGAGCCCCUCAGCAUCGAGGCGUACUUCUUCCUCCUUGUCCUCCUCGCCACUAUCGUCGUGGCAGCGAGCUCUAUCCAACAGUACGAGUCAAACAAUCGCUCGCACCUCCUCCGCUGUACCCACAACAGCCACAUCCACAACACGGCACCCCUUUUCCACCUCGGCCCUCGCUCGCGCCCAGGCCACAUCCUCCGCAUCCUGGGCUUCACCCUGGGGUCGUUUCAACACCCUCUCCUCCCUACGCACCCAAGCCUCCAACGACCCUUCCAACCUCCCACUCCAACGCCAGCUCUUCACCAAGCUCCUCCACUCCCCCAAACCCCAAGACCAAGAAGAGCUCAUCGGUCGCUACGAAGAAUUGUCCGGAUUGUGGAUGGUCGAACCGGCGCCUUCGACGACGGCGGUCACGACCGAGCAACAGCUGACCUUGCUCAACGAUGACGACCUGUUUGCGGCUUAUUUGAGGGCCUUGGCGGCGAGGGCAGCGGUCGAGGGUGAUCCGUCGUCAUAUUUCGCCAAGCUCAAUACGGCUUUGCCGAUACGACAGGGCAAACUCGCCUCUUCUGCGGCGGCAACACCAGCUGCUCCGUCCACCACCGAGGCCGCAGCCGCCUCGUCAUCAACACCGUCGUCACCUUCGUCAACGGCAUCCGCACCUACCACCACACCGGCUCUCACCCCCGCCGCACUCGUCACAGCUCUCUUCUCCGGCGCAGCAAGUCGAGGCAAAGGCGGCGAUGCCAGAGUCGUUUCCGGAGGUAGCAGUUGGCCUUUUUCGUCGGGGUCGUCGUCGACUAGUUCAGGUGGCCCUGAGCCCAUUAGGGUCGUCGUCGAAGAGGUCAAGAGCCCUUUGGCGUUGAGGAUGCUGCGCUUCAUCCUGAUUACCGUUUUGUACUCGUUCCUGCUGUGAGUGCACGAACGGAGAGCGAAAUGUUGAUUCUCAGUCGGACUGACGAACGGGAGUGCUCUCUGCCAUGUAGUCUCUCCCUCCUCUCGCUCUUGCUUGAUUCAUCAGGCAUUCUUCGAGCCGGAGCGGCCCAAACUACCCCUUUCCAAACUACGCCCCCACCCGACCCACACGACCCUUCAGGACGAGGCACGACCUUCAAGGACGUGCACGGUGUCGAGGAGGCCAAGGAAGAAUUGUACGAGAUUGUCGAGUUCCUCAAGGAUCCCGAGAGGUUCUCCAAACUCGGUGGUCGCCUACCGAGGGGUGUUUUACUUACAGGUCCGUUCAUCGAGCCUACUCAAGGGAGACGAUAUUAUUGCACUCACAAAAGGCUGACCUUUGGUAAACAUCCUGCUGGACGGACCAGGCCCUCCUGGAACAGGCAAGACCUUGCUCGCUCGUGCGGUCGCGGGUGAAGCAGGCGUGAGCUUCUUCUCCGCCUCCGGAUCCGAGUUCGACGAGAUGUACGUCGGCGUCGGCGCUCGACGUAUCCGAGAAUUGUUCGCGACCGCUAGGAAGAACGCGCCUUCGAUCAUCUUCAUCGAUGAGAUCGACGCGAUCGGUGGGAAGCGAUCACCCAGGGAACAACAUUACAUCAAGCAGACCUUGAACCAAUUGUUGACCGAAUUGGAUGGGUUCUCACCGGGUGAAGGCGUCAUCUUGAUCGGAGCGACCAACUUUCCUGAAUCGCUCGACAAGGCCUUGGUUCGAGCCGGUCGAUUCGAUCGCAUCGUCGCCGUACCACUACCCGACGUUCGAGGACGAGCCGAAAUUUUGAAGCAUCACAUGCGAAACAUCCAAUUCGAUCGAGCCCAAGUCGAUAUCACCACUUUGGCCCGAGGAACGAUCGGUUUCUCCGGCGCGGAUCUACAAGCCUUGGUCAACCAAGCCGCGGUCAAAGCCUCGUCCGACCACGCUUCGGCCGUGCGCUCCAGUCAUUUCGAAUGGGCCAAGGAAAGGAUCAUGAUGGGUGCCGCAAGGAAAUCGGCUUUCAUUUCAGAAACGGAUAAGCUGGCCACGGCGUAUCAUGAGGGUGGCCAUGCUUUGGUCGCGCUUUAUACGAAAGGGGCUUAUCCGCUACAGAGUAUAACGGUCGUACCGAGGGGCAACGCGUUGGGGUAUACGUUGAUGCUACCCGAGGCGGAUAAGAACUCGCAUUCGCUUUCAGAGUAUAGAGCAAAGUGAGUUCGCUCGUGGGCGAUUUUUUUUAAAGUAACUUCCUCGAGCUCAUCUCGAACUCGAACCCCCCUCUUCCUCCCCAGAUUGGACGUGGCGAUGGGCGGUCGAGUCGCCGAAGAAUUGAUCUACGGUAAAGAUCACGUCACCGACGGUGCCUCGUCCGACAUCUCCAACGCGACCUCCAUGGCCUCCAACAUGGUCCGUCGCUUCGGAUUCUCGGACCUGAUCGGACCCGUCGCGCAUUCCAACGAUCCGGAUUCCCAAACGUCGCCUGAUACGCAAGCGAAGAUCGAACAGGAGGUGAGAGGCUUGAUUGAGGAGGCGCAGAAUAGGGCGAGGAAUUUGUUGCUGGAGAGGAAGGAGGAAUUGGAUAGGCUCGCCAAGGCGUUGGUGAGGUAUGAGACGUUGACGUUGAAGGAGGUGGAGAAGGUUGUUAAAGGAGAGGAGAUUGAGAAGGAUCCGUUGGAUUUGGUUUGA